GCAAACACAGGGGCGUUUGGCGAUACGCUGAAAGAAGGAUGCAACAUAAAUCUGUCGCUCAGUGCUCUUGGUACAGUGAUUGACACCAUUGUUAAAGGCAGAGGGCAUGUGCCGUUUCGAAGCAGCCCACUCACGAUGCUGUUAAAGGACUCCCUCGGUGGCUCCAGUAAGACGGUCAUGUUUGCAAAUAUUGGCCCCAGUGAACACAACUUCUCUGAGACAGUUAGUACCCUGCGUUUUGCGGACCGUGCCAAGCAAAUCAAGAAUAAGCCCGUUGUGAACAUGGAUACAAAAGAUCAGAAGAUUGCUGAGUUAACAGAACUUCUUCAUGAAUUGCGAGAGAAGCUGAAGAGGUAUGAAACGGAAGGCACGGGAUCCCUCGAAAGGGAGGUGGAGGAGCUGCGUGAGAAAGUGGGCGAGAUGGAAGUGAGCCUUGACAGUGCCGUGAGGGCUCGUGAGGCGGAUGCCGUGGACUUUGAGAAUGUCAAGGCAAAGUUGAACAUGGAGCGGCAGGCCACCACCAGUAGAGUCAUUGAACUCGAAGAGCUUAUUGGGAAGCUGCAGAAUGACAUGCAGAUUAUGGAGUCCAGCGUGACGGAUGAGCGUUUGCAGCGGGAGGAGGUCCUUCGCCUCUGCUCUCAGUACCUUUGCGGUGAGGAGGAUGGAGGCAAGCCCAUUGCGACUGCCAAUGAGCUGGAGGCUGUGUUACAGGAGAACUCGCAUGGAAAGCAUAGUGUUGAGUUGGCGCGUCUGCAGAAUAAAAUACAAAAACUUGAGGUGGAGGCGCGGCAGAUGCGGAAGGAGCACAAGACCGUAACAAGGGAAUUGGAGGAGAAGCUCCAAGAGGCACUGGCAUCGCUGAAGUCAGCGGAAUCAAAGCUGCGCAAGGCAAAUAGGGAGUCCAACGAGGCGGGGGAUGUACGGAAAGGGACCUCACAACCGCCUGGUGGCAACGGGGCGAGCAGCGAAGAGGUGGCGGGACUGCGGGUGGCCCUUGAAAACGCUCAACAAGAGCUGCAGGAGAAGGGUAUCGCGGCCAAGUUAGAGACAAAGCUCCAGGAAAUGCAGAAUAGCCACGAGAAGAUAACCACGGCCUACCUGACUCAAUUAAAGCAGGCGAAGGAGGCGCUUGGCGCCCCUGGUGCAGAUGACUCACUCAUUGUGCAACAACUUCGCGCCAUUCUUGCAGAGGAUGACAAGACCUACGACUUUGCACUCAACCACAUGUCUAACAUGCAUAAUGUGAUGCACGGCUUGAAGUCUGCCAUGCGAGAAGCACAGACGGUACCGCUUGCAGCAAUCAGUGGUAACGCGGAUGCUUCUCGGGAAACCAUCAAAAAGAUGGGGAACCUGGAUGCUCAUGAAGCUGUUAUGUACGCUGGCAUGCUGUCAAACUUACAUGACGCCGUGGACAAGGCACAAACGCACCGCAAUAGACUUCUUGAUGCCAUCGCUGCCUUGCCUGAUACUCCUGUGAAUUUUAAAGAGGAAUUAAGUAAGUUGGUGAGUGAAAAUGACGAGCUGCGUAAAAUGUAUAAAGAUGCGAUCAAGGUAACAGAGACAGCGCAGGCACGCGUGGUGGAGGAGCAACGUCGUACGGUGUCAGAGGAAAGUGUACAGGCACAGAUUGAUUCAGUGCGCAAAGAGUACGAAGCACGUGAACGGGAGCUAUUGGCGGCCAUGAAACUAGACGAGAAUAGCGGGGAUGGAAAGGCAGUGCUGGCGUUAUUGAAUAAAAAUGCCUCUGGUGGGGGUGCUGUCAGUGAAGCAGCCCAGAAGGAAAUUGAAAGUCUCCGCAGUGACUUGGAGGAGGAGCGCGUCAAGUGUGAAAAACUUGUGCAGUCCAAGGAGGCGCAGCAAGUGGAACUGAAGGCUCUACGUCAGGAAGUAGCGGAAAGUGAAAGCCGCUACGUGGAUUUGGAGGGGAAAAUGAAUGAGAUGGUGAGUGACUAUGAGCGGCAGUUGGCAAAUGCACAUGGCAGCACGGAGAAGAUAGCCGACCUGACGGCACGGUUGAAGGAACGCACAGACCAGCUCGAUCAGAUGCGCGGCCUUCUUGAGAAGCAAAAGGCGCUUAUUGUGAAGAGCAACGAGAAGUGCGAGUACCUUCAGCAGAAGCUGCGGGAGGUCAACGCGAGAGCUGAGCGGACGGAGGAAAUAUACCGGCAGAAGCUCCAGGAGCGUGACGAGAACUUUCAGAGUGUGUUGAAUCAGCGGCUUGAGGAGUACGCACGGGACCACCACGACGACGUCACGAAGCAGGAGGAGAAGUCCAAGAAGCUCCGAAAGAAGAUUAAGAAGAUAGAGAACGAGGUUGACCGCCUGAAGGAGGAAUACGACUGCAAGGUCUGCGAGUGUGAGGACCUGCGCAACACCAUCGAGGAGCAGAAGGUCGAGUUGAUGCGGCUGCUGCGGCGCAUGGGGCAGACGGAGGAGGAAGCGGAAGUGUACGAGAAGAAGGAGAAGAUUCAAACUGCAUUGGAGCGUGCAAAGGAGGAGCAGCGGCGCAAGAAGGACCUCUUUGCCCUCGGUGAGGUGGCCAACGUGCGGCGUGGCGAGUACUGA